CGAAGUUAUAAUAGCAAAUUCUGAGUGUAUAUGUUUAGCAGUACUCGUAGGAGCAAUAGGUGCAGUUGUUGGCAACUUCGGAAAAAUGCCAUCUGGGAUGCAGCGUUUGGCGCUGAGGCUUGUUAGGCAUGCGACUCGAGAUGUCACCAAUUCGUGGGCUUUAUCGAGUCGCCUCUCAUGGCUCUCUUCUGCCACCCAAGCCCGUUAUUUUGCAGCUUACCCUGCGCAUGUUGUGUUGAACAUGCCGUCAUUGUCACCGACGAUGACCCAGGGCAACAUCACCAAAUGGCGAAAGCAGCCCGGCGAGCAAAUCGCUCCAGGCCAAAUCCUGGCCGAAGUUGAGACAGACAAGGCCAUCAUCGAGUGGGAGGCGCAGGAGGAGGGCUACAUGGCCAAGCACCUGGUGCCCGAGGGCGCCAGCGACAUUGCCGUGGGCACCCCAGUCGCAGUGCUGGCGGAGGAGGAGAGCGGGGUGGCGGGCCUCGCCUCCUUCGUACCUGGCAAGGAGGCCCCCGCGGCCGCUGCCCCGGCUAGCCCGGCUCCCAAGGGACAGAGCCCCCCCGCAGCGGCUCCUCCCCGCCCUGCCGCCCCCGCAGCGGCCCAGCCAGCGGCAGCAGCUGCGGCACCCCCCUCAGGAGGCCGGCUGCCCCCCCACCAGGUCCUCAACAUGCCCUCCCUGUCGCCCACCAUGAGCCAGGGCAACAUCCUGGAGUGGAAGAAGAAGGUUGGCGACCCCGUGGCCCCGGGUGACGUGUACUGCGAGGUGGAGACGGACAAGGCGACCAUCUCCUGGGAGAGCCAGGAGGAGGGCUACGUUGCUCGUGUGUUGGCGGGUGACGGCUCCCGCGAUGUGGAUGUGGGCACCCCGGUGCUGGUGCUGGUGGAGGACAAGGAGGCGGUGGCCGCAUUCGCCAACUACCAGCCCGGAGACGACAAGCAGCAGACCGCCGCUGCUGCUCCUGCUGCUGCACCUCCCGCUGCGGCUGCUGCACCCCCACCGCCGCCUCCACCCCCAC